AUGGAACGUUAUGAACUCGAUCGCUAUGGUCUUGAUAUGAAAAUGUCACCUCCAGAAUCAGAAGAUUCAGAUUCAGAUGACUACCCGUCCGACGUCGUUUCUCUCCAGAAACUUCUGGCGACGGCUAUCAAGAAACGGCGGGAGCUAAGCAUCACGGAAGGAGAGAAUCUGUUUAGUUCUGAGGAUGACGAAAACGACGAUGAUGAGGAGCCACCAGCGAAGAGACGGUCACUUGGAGAGGAUGGCAAAGAAGUGGAGUAG